GGAAAGCAAGGACUUGGGGAUUUAGUCAAAACGCGAAGACUGAAAACUCCGAUAACAAAUUUUCUCGGCAGCCUCGGAUAGGUAGUAGACGAAGAUCGGGUCGGAGGAGGGACAAGAGAAGCGUGCCAUGGAAGACGAGCGAAGCAACGGGCAUGUCCUGGAUACGGGCGAAGCGGAUCGAGCGGUUUGGUUGAUGAAGUGUCCUUUAGUCGUCGCCAAGGCAUGGAAGAACCAGACAGCUUCGACUUCUUCAUCGGAUUCUCCUCCCGUCGCUAAGGUUGUUCUCUCCCUCGAUCCUCUGCGGCCGGAUGCUGCACCUGAGUUCACUAUGGAGAUGGUUGGUGCGGAGUUUGGUAACAUGCCGAAGAGCUAUUCUCUGAACAUGUUCAAAGACUUUGUUCCGAUGGGUGUCUUCUCCGAGGCAAACCAAGGUAGGGUAGCUGUAGAAGGAAAGGUAGAUCAUAAAUUUGAUAUGAAACCCCAUGGUGAAGACAUUGAAGAAUAUGCUAGGCUUUGUCGGGAGAGGACCAACAAAUCCAUGGUUAAAAAUAGGCAAAUACAGGUCAUUGAUAAUGACCGUGGAGUACAUAUGAGGCCGAUGCCUGGAAUGCUUGGCCUAGUUUCCUCUAAUUCCAAGGAAAAGAAGAAAACUGCUCCAGUUAAGCAACCCGAUGUGAAGAGGACUAGAAGAGAUCGUGGUGAACUCGAAGCUAUAAUGUUCAAACUAUUUGAAGGGCAACCCAACUGGACUCUCAAACAGCUUGUACAAGAGACCGACCAACCAGCGCAAUUCUUGAAGGAGAUACUGAACGAGCUGUGUGUGUACAAUAAGAGGGGAUCCAACCAGGGGACCUACGAGCUUAAACCCGAAUACAAGAAAGCUUCUGAAGAUACAAGUGGCCAGUAAUCUCGGCCUCGACACCACUAUGUAACUAUAAUUACGUUCACUACUUUGAAGUUGGCCCGAUUAAUCGGUAUCGGCCCCUGAAUAUGUGCCAUAGCAUAGGAUUAUAUUAUAAAUCUAGAGAGGCAUCACGUGAAAACGUUGGAGAUAAAAGGGAAGGGAAGAGAAGGGAAGGGAAGGGAAAACCAAGGGAAGGGCUAGGAUCGUUUUGUUGUCCGAGAAGCUAAAAUAUGAAUGUGAUUGUUAUAUUCAAUGAUUACUUAUGUGCUUUGAAAAAUCUGGUAAGUUGAGUUUCGUGUAAUCA